CACCCCGCCCCAUUCUCCCGCUUUCCAUCACCCCGCCCCAUCUCCCUCUUUCCAUCACCCGCCCCGUUCUCCGCUUUUCCAUCACCCGCCCCAUUCUCCCGCUUUCCAUCACCCCGCCCCAUUCUCUCUCUUUCCAUCAUCCCGCCCUUUCACCCGCUUUCCAUCACCGCCCCCAUUCUCUCACUUUCCAUCACCCCGCCCCAUUCUCCAGCUUUCCAUCACCCCGCCCCGUUCUCCCGCUUUCCAUCACCCGCCCCGUUCUCCGCUUUCCAUCACCCCGCCCCGUUCUCCCGCUUUCCAUCACCCCGCCCCGUUCUCCCGCUUUCCAUCACCCCGCCCCGUUCUCCCGCUUUCCAUCACCCCCCCGUUCUCCCGCUUUCCAUCACCCCGCCCCGUUCUCCCGCUUUCCAUCACCCCGCCCCAUUCUCCUGCUUUCCAUCACCCCGCCCCAUUCUCCCGCUUUCCAUCACCCCGCCCCAUUCUCCCUCUUUCCAUCACCCUGCCCCAUUCUCCCUCUUUCCAUCACCCGCCCCAUGCUCCCGAUUUCCAUCACCCCGCCCAUUCUCCCGCUUCCAUCAAACCGCCACAUUCUCCCGCUUUCCAUCACCCCGCCCCAUUCUCCCGCUUUCCAGCUCCCCGCCCCAUUCUCCCGCUUUCCAUCGCCCCGCCCCAUUCUCCCGCUUUCCAGCAACCCACCCCAUUCUCCCGCUUUCCAUCACCGCCCCAUGCUCCCGCUUUCCAUCACCCCGCACCAUUCUCCCGCUUUCCAUCAGCCCGCCCAUUCUCCCGCUUCCAUCACCCUGGCCCAUUCUCCCUCUUUCCAUCACCCCGCCCCAUUCUCCCGCUUUACAUCAACCCGCCCCAUUCUCCCUCUUCCAUCACCCCGCCCCAUUCUCCCUCUUUCCAUCACCCCGCCCCAUUCUCCCGUUUUCCAUCACCCCUCCCCAUUCUCCCUCUUUCCAUCACCCCGCCCCAUUCUCCCUCUUUCCAUCACCCCGCCCCAUUCUCCGCUUUCCAUCACCCGCCGCAUUCUCCAGCUUUCCAUCACCCCGCCCCAUUCUCCCUUUUUCCUCACCCCGCCCCAUUCUCUCUCUUUCCAUCACCCCGCCCCUUCUCCCUCUUUCCAUAACCCCGCCCCAUCUCCCACUUUCCAUCACCCCGCCCAUUCUCCCGCUUUCCUCACCCCGCCCCAUUCUCCCGCUUUCCAUCACCCGCUUUCCAUCACCCCGCCCCAUUCUCUCGCUUUCCAUCACCCCGCCCCAUUCUCCGCUUUCCAUCACCCCGCCCCAUUCUCCCGCUUUCCAUCACCCCGCCCCAUUCUCCCGCUUUCCAUCACCCGCCCCAUUCUCCGCUUUCCAUCACCCCGCCCCAUUCUCCCGCUUUCCAUCACCCGCCCCAUUCUCCCGCUUUCCACAUCACCCCGCCCCAUGCUCCCUCUUUCCAGCACCCGCCCCAUUCUCCCGCUUUCAUCACCCCGCCCCAUUCUCCCGCUUUCCAUCACCCCGCCCAUUCUCCCUCUUUCCAUCACCCCGCCCCAUUCUCCCUCUUUCCAUCACCCCGCCCCAUUCUCCCUCUUUCCAGCACCCGCCCCAUUCUCCCGCUUUCCAUCACCCCGCCCAUUCUCCCGCUUUCCAUCACCCCGCCCCAUUCUCCCUCUUCCAUCACCCCGCCCCCUCUCCCUCUUUCCAUCACCCCGCCCCAUUCUCCCUCUUUCCAUCACCCCGCCCCAUUCUUCCGCUUUCCAUCACCCCGCCCCAUUCUCCCUCUUUCCAUCACCCCGCCCCAUUCUCCCGCUUUCCAUCACCCCGCCCCAUUCUCCCGCUUUCCAUAACCCCGCGCCAUUCUCCCGCUUUCCAUCACCCCGCCCCAUUCUCCAGCUUUCCAUCACCCCGCCCCGUUCUCCCGCUUUCCAUCACCCCCCCGUUCUCCCGCUUUCCAUCACCCGCCCCGUUCUCCCGCUUUCCAUCACCCCCCCCUUCUCUGCUUUCCAUCACCCCGCCCCAUUCUCCCGCUUUCCAUCACCCCGCCCCAUUCUCCCUCUUUCCAUCACCCCGCCCCAUUCUCCCGCUUUCCAUCACCCCGCCCCAUUCUCCCUCUUUCCAUCACCCCGCCCCAUUCUCCCGCUUUCCAUCACCCCGCCCCAUUCUCCCUCUUUCCAUCACCCGCCCCAUUCUUCCUCUUCCAUCACCCCGCCCCAUUCUUCCGCUUUCCAUCACCCCGCCCAUUCUCCCUCUUCCCAUCACCCGCGCCAUUCUCCCCUCUUUCCAUCACCCCGCCCAUUCUCCAGCUUUCCAUCAUCCCGCGCCAUUCUCCCGCUUUCCAUCACCCGCCCCGUUCUCCAGCUUUCCAUCACCCCGCCCCAUUCUCCUCUUCCCAUCACCCCGCGCCAUUCUCCCGCUUUCCAUCACCCAGCCAUUCUCCAGCUUUCCAUAUCCCGCGCAUUCUCCCGCUUUCCAUCACCCCCCCCCGUCUCCAGCUUUCCAUCACCCCGCCCCGUUCUCCGCUUUCCAUCACCCGCCCCCGUUCUCCCGCUUCCAUCACCCCGCCCCGUUCUCCCGCUUUCCAUCACCCCGCCCCAUUCUCCCUCUUUCCAUCACCCGCCCCAGCUCCCGAUUUCCAUCACCCGCCCAUUCUCCCGCUUUCAUCACCCCGCCCCAUUCUCCCGCUUUCCAUCACCCCGCCCCAUUCUCCCGCUUUCCAGCUCCCCGCCCCAUUCUCCCGCUUUCCAUCGCCCCCCCCUUCUCCCGCUUUCCAGCACCCCACCCAUUCUCCCGCUUUCCAUCACCCCGCCCCAUGCUCCCGCUUUUCAUCACCCCGCACAUUCUCCCGCUUUCCAUCAGCCCGCCCCAUUCUCCCGCUUCCAUCACCCUGCACCAUUCUCCCUCUUCCAUCACCCCGCCCCAUUCUCCCGCUUUCCAUCGCCCCGCCCCAUUCUCCGCUUUCCAUCACCCCGCCCCAUUCUCCCGCUUCCAUCACCACCCCAUUCUCCGCUUUCCAUGACCCCGCCCCAUUCUCCCGCUUUCCAUCACCCGCCCCAUUCUCCCGCUUUACAUCACCCCGCCCCAUUCUCCCUCUUUCCAUCACCCCGCCCCAUUCUCCCUCUUUCCAUCACCCCGCCCCAUUCUCCCGUUUUCCAUCACCCUCCCCAUUCUCCCUCUUUCCAUAACCCCGCCCCAUUCUCCCUCUUUCCAUCACCCGCCCCCAUUCUCCCUCUUUCAUCACCCCGCCCCAUUCUCCCUCUUUCCAUCACCCCGCCCCAUUCUCCCGCUUUCCAUCACCCCGCCCAUUUCUCCCUCUUUCCAUCACCCCGCCCCAUUCUUCCUCUUUCCAUCACCCCGCCCCAUUCUUCCGCUUUCCAUCACCCCGCCCCAUUCUCCCUCUUCCCAUCACCCCGCGCCAUUCUCCCGCUUUCCAUCACCCCGCCCCAUUCUCCAGCUUUUCCAUCAUCCCGCGCCAUUCUCCCGCUUUCCAUCACCCCGCCCCCUUUCCAUCACCCCGCCCCGUUCUCCCGCUUUCCAUCACCCCCGCCCCGUUCUCCCGCUUUCCAUCACCCCGCCCCGUUCUCCCGCUUUCCAUCACCCGCCCCAUUCUCCCUCUUUCCAUCACCCCCGCCCCAUGCUCCCGAUUUCCAUCACCCCGCCCCAUUCUCCCGCUUUCCAUCACCCCGCCCCAUUCUCCCGCUUUCCAUCACCCCGCCCCAUUCUCCCGCUUUCCAGCUCCCCGCCCCAUUCUCCCGCUUUCCAUCGCCCCCCCCCUUCUCCCGCUUUCCAGCACCCCACCCCAUUCUCCCGCUUUCCAUCACCCCGCCCCAUGCCUCCCGCUUUCCAUCACCCCGCACCAUUCUCCCGCUUUCCAUCAGCCCGCCCCAUUCUCCCGCUUUCCAUCACCCUGCACCAUUUCUCCCUCUUUCCAUCACCCCGCCCCAUUCUCCCGCUUUCCACUCGCCCGCCCCAUUCUCCCCGCUUUCCAUCACCCCGCCCCAUUCUCACCGCUUUCCAUCACCCCACCCCAUUCUCCCGCUUUCCAUGACCCCGCCCCAUUCUCCCGCUUUCCAUCACCCGCCGCCCAUUCUCCCGCUUUACAUCACCCCGCCCCAUUCUCCCUCUUUCCAUCACCCCGCCCCAUUCUCCCUCUUUCCAUCACCCCGCCCAUUCUCCCGUUUUCCAUCACCCCUCCCCAUUCUCCCUCUUUCCAUAACCCCGCCCCAUUCUCCCUCUUUCCAUCACCUCCGCCCCAUUCUCCCUCUUUCCAUCACCCCGCCCCAUUCUCCCCUCUUUCCAUCACCCCGCCCCAUUCUCCCGCUUUCCAUCACCCCGCCCCAUUCUCCCGCUUUCCAUCACCCCGCCCCAUUCUCCCGCUUUCCAUCACCCCGCCCCAUUCUCCCGCUUUCCAUCACCCCGCUCCAUUCUCCCGUUUUUCAUCAUCCUGCCCCAUUCUCCCGCUUUCCAUCACCCUGCCCCAUUCUCCCGCUUUCCAUCACCCGGCCCCAUUCUCCCCCUUUCCAUCACCCCGCUCCAUUCUCCCGCUUUCCAGCACCCCCGCCCCAUUCUCCCGCUUUCCAUCACCCCGCCCCAUGCUCCCGCUUUCCAUCACCCCGCCCCAUUCUCUCGCUUUCCAUCACCCCGCCCCAUUCUCCCGCUUUCCAUCACCCCGCCCCAUUCUCCCUCUUUCCAUCCCCCCGCCCCAUUCUCCCGCUUUCCAUCACCCGCCCCAUUCUCCCGCUUGCCAUCACCCCGCCCCAUUCUCCGUGUUUCAUCACCCCGCCCCAUUCUCCCUCUUUCCAUCACCCCGCCCCAUUCUCCCUCUUUCCAUCACCCCGCCCCAUUCUCCCGCUUUCCAUCACCCCGCCCCAUUCUCCCUCCUUCCAUCACCCCCGCCCCAUUCUCCCGCUUUCCAUCACCCCGCCCCAUUCUCCCUCUUUCCAUAACCCCGCCCCAUUCUCCCGCUUUCCAUCACCCCGCCCCAUUCUCCUGCUUUCCAUCACCCCGCCCCAUUCUCCCGCUUUCCAUCACCCCACCCCAUUUUCCCGCUUUCCAUCACCCCGCCCCAUUCUCCCGCUUUCCAUCACCCCGCCCCAUUGUCCCGCUUUCCAGCACCCCGCCCCAUUCUCCCGAUUUCCAUCACCCCUCCCGAUUCUCCCGUUUUCCAUCACCCCGCCCAAUUCUCCCACUUUCCAUCACCCCGCCCCAUUCUCCCGCUUUCCAUCACCCCGCCCCAUUUUCCCGCUUUCCAUCAGCCUCCCCAUUCUCCCGCUUUCCAUUGCCCCGCCCCAUUCUCCCGUUUUCCAUCACCCCUCCCCAUUCUCCCUCUUUCCAUCACCCCGCCCCAUUCUCCCUCUUUCCAUCACCGCGCCCCAUUCUUCCGCUUUCCAUCACCCCGCCCCAUUCUCCCUCUUUCCAUCACCCCGCCCCAUUCUCCCGCUUUCCAUCACCCAGCCCCAUUCUCCCGCUUUCCAUAACCCCGCGCCAUUCUCCCGCUUUCCAUCACCCCGCCCCAUUCUCCAGCUUUCCAUCACCCCGCCCCGUUCUCCCGCUUUCCAUCACCCCGCCCCCGUUCUCCCGCUUUCCAUCACCCCGCCCCGUUCUCCCGCUUUCCAUCACCCCGCCCCCUUCUCCUGCUUUCCAUCACCCCGCCCCAUUCUCCCGCUUUCCAUCACCCCGCCCCAUUCUCCCUCUUUCCAUCACCCCGCCCCAUUCUCCCGCUUUCCAUCACCCCGCCCCAUUCUCCCUCUUUCCAUCACCCCGCCCCAUUCUUCCUCUUUCCAUCACCCCGCCCCAUUCUUCCGCUUUCCAUCACCCCGCCCCAUUCUCCCUCUUCCCAUCACCCCGCGCCAUUCUCCCGCUUUCCAUCACCCCGCACCAUUCUCCCGCUUUCCAUCACCCCGCCCCAUUCUCCCUCUUUCCAUCAUCCCGCCCCUUUCACCCGCUUUCCAUCACCGCCCCCAUUCUCUCACUUUCCAUCACCCCGCCCCAUUCUCCAGCUUUCCAUCACCCCGCCCCGUUCUCCCGCUUUCCAUCACCCCGCCCCGUUCUCCCGCUUUCCAUCACCCCGCCCCGUUCUCCCGCUUUCCAUCACCCCGCCCCGUUCUCCCGCUUUCCAUCACCCCGCCCCGUUUCUCCCGCUUUCCAUCACCCCCGCCCCGUUCUCCCUCUUUCCAUCACCCCGCCCCGUUCUCCCGCUUUCCCAUCACCCCGCCCCGUUCUCCCGCUUUCCAUCACCCCGCCCCGUUCUCCCGCUUUCCAUCACCCCGCCCCGUUCUCCCGCUUUCCAUCACCCCGCCCCGUUCUCCCGCUUUCCAUCACCCCGCCCCGUUCUCCCGCUUUCCAUCACCCCGCCCCCGUUCUCCCGCUUUCCAUCACCCCGCCCCGUUCUCCGCUUUCCAUCACCCCGCCCCGUUCUCCUGCUUUCCAUCACCCCGCCCCAUUCUCCGCUUUCCAUCACCCCGCCCCAUUCUCCCUCUUUCCAUCACCCUGCCCCAUUCUCCCUCUUUCCCAUCACCCCGCCCCAUGCUCCCGAUUUCCAUCACCCCGCCCCAUUCUCCCGCUUUCCAUCAAACCGCCACAUUCUCCCGCUUUCCAUCACCCCGCCCCAUUCUCCCGCUUUCCAGCUCCCCGCCCCAUUCUCCCGCUUUCCAUCGCCCCGCCCCAUUCUCCCGCUUUCCAGCACCCCACCCCAUUCUCCCGCUUUCCAUCACCCUGCCCCAUGCUCCCGCUUUCCAUCACCCCGCACCAUUCUCCGCUUUCCAUCAGCCCGCCCCAUUCUCCCGCUUCCAUCACCCUGCCCAUUCUCCCUCUUUCCAUCACCCCGCCCCAUUCUCCCGCUUUACAUCAACCCGCCCCAUUCUCCCUCUUUCCAUCACCCCGCCCCAUUCUCCCUCUUUCCAUCACCCCGCCCAUUCUCCCUCUUUCCAUCACCCCGCCCCAUUCUUCCGCUUCCAUCACCCCCGCCCCAUUCUCCCUCUUUCCAUCACCCCACCCCAUUCUCCCGCUUUCCAUCACCCAGGCCCCAUUCUCCCGCUUUCCAUAACCCCGCGCCAUUCUCCCGCUUUCCAUCACCCCGCCCCAUUCUCCCGCUUUCCAUCACCCUGUCCCAUUCUCCCGCUUUCCAUCACCCCCGCCCCCAUUCUCCCGCUUUCCAUCACCCGCCCCAUUCUCCCGCUUUCCAUCACCCCGUCCCAUUCUCCCGCUUUCCAUCACCCCGCCCCAUUCUCCCGCUUUCCAUCACCCGCCCCCAUUCUCCCGUUUUCCAUCACCCCUCCCCAUUCUCCCUCUUUCCAUCACCCCGCCCCCAUUCUCCCUCUUUCCAUCACCCCGCCCCAUUCUUCAGCUUUCCAUCACCCCGCCCCAUUCUCCCUCUUUCCAUCACCCCGCCCCAUUCUCCCGCUUUCCAUCACCCAGCCCCAUUCUCCCGCUUUCCAUAACCCCGCGCCAUUCUCCCGCUUUCCAUCACCCCGCCCCAUUCUCCCGCUUUCCAUCACCCCCUUCAUCACCCCGCACCGUUCUCCCGCUUUCCAUCACCCCGCCCGUUCUCCCGCUUUCCAUCACCCCGCCCCGUUCUCCCGCUUUCAUCACCCGCCCGUCUCCCGCUUCCAUCACCCGCCCCGUUCUCCCGCUUUCCAUCACCCCGCCCCAUUCUCCCUCUUUCCAUCACCCCGCCCCAUUCUCCCGCUUUCCAUCACCCCGCCCCAUUCUCCCGCUUUCCAUCACCCCGCGCCAUUCUCCCGCUUUCCAUCAACCCGCCCCAUUCUCCAGCUUUCCAUCAUCCCGCGCCAUUCUCCCGCUUUCCAUCACCCCGCCCCGUUCUCCAGCUUUCCAUCACCCCGCCCCGUUCUCCCGCUUUCCAUCACCCCGCCCCGUUCUCCCGCUUUCCAUCACCCCGCCCCGUUCUCCCGCUUUCCAUCACCCCGCCCCGUUCUCCCACUUUCCAUCACCCCGCCCCAUUCUCCCUCUUUCCAUCACCCCGCCCCAUGCUCCCGAUUUCCAUCACCCCGCCCCAUUCUCCCGCUUUCCAUCACCCCGCCCCAUUCUCCCGCUUUCCAUCACCCCGCCCCAUUCUCCCGCUUUCCAGCUCCCCGCCCCAUUCUCCCGCUUUCCAUCGCCCCGCCCCCUUCUCCCGCUUUCCAGCACCCCACCCCAUUCUCCCGCUUUCCAUCACCCCGCCCCAUGCUCCCGCUUUCCAUCACCCCGCACCAUUCUCCCGCUUUCCAUCAGCCCGCCCCAUUCUCCCGCUUUCCAUCACCCUGCACCAUUCUCCCUCUUUCCAUCACCCCGCCCCAUUCUCCCGCUUUCCAUCGCCCGCCCCAUUCUCCCCGCUUUCCAUCACCCCGCCCCAUUCUCCCGCUUUCCAUCACCCCACCCCAUUCUCCCGCUUUCCAUGACCCCGCCCCAUUCUCCCGCUUUCCAUCACCCGCCCCAUUCUCCCGCUUUACAUCACCCCGCCCCAUUCUCCCUCUUUCCAUCACCCCGCCCCAUUCUCCCUCUUUCCAUCACCCCGCCCCAUUCUCCCGUUUUCCAUCACCCCUCCCCAUUCUCCCUCUUUCCAUCACCCCGCCCCAUUCUCCCUCUUUCCAUCACCCCGCCCCAUUCUCCCUCUUUCCAUCACCCCGCCCCAUUCUCCCUCUUUCCAUCACCCCGCCCCAUUCUCCCGCUUUCCAUCACCCCGCCCCAUUCUCCCGCUUUCCAUCACCCCGCCCCAUUCUCCCGCUUUCCAUCACCCCGCCCCAUUCUCCCGCUUUCCAUCACCCCGCUCCAUUCUCCCGUUUUUUUCAUCAUCCUGCCCCAUUCUCCCGCUUUCCAUCACCCUGCCCCAUUCUCCCGCUUUCCAUCACCCGGCCCCAUUCUCCCACUUUCCAUCACCCCGCUCCAUUCUCCCGCUUUCCAGCACCCCGCCCCAUUCUCCCGCUUUCCAUCACCCCGCCCCAUGCUCCCGCUUUCCAUCACCCCGCCCCAUUCUCUAGCUUUCCAUCACCCCGCCCCAUUCUCCCGCUUUCCAUCACCCCGCCCCAUUCUCCCUCUUUCCAUCCCCCCGCCCCAUUCUCCCGCUUUCCAUCACCCGCCCCAUUCUCCCGCUUGCCAUCACCCCGCCCCAUUCUCCGUGUUUCCAUCACCCCGCCCCAUUCUCCCUCUUUCCAUCACCCCGCCCCAUUCUCCCUCUUUCCAUCACCCCGCCCCAUUCUCCAGCUUUCCAUCACCCCGCCCCAUUCUCCCUCCUUCCAUCACCCCGCCCCAUUCUCCCGCUUUCCAUCACCCCGCCCCAUUCUCCCUCUUUCCAUAACCCCGCCCCAUUCUCCCGCUUUCCAUCACCCCGCCCCAUUCUCCUGCUUUCCAUCACCCGGCCCCAUUCUCCCGCUUUCCAUCACCCCACCCCAUUUUUCCCGCUUUCCAUCACCCCGCCCCAUUCUCCCGCUUUCCAUCACCCCGCCCCAUUCCUCCCCAUUCUCCCGCUUUCCAUUGCCCCGCCCCAUUCUCCCAUUUUCCAUCACCCCUCCCCAUUCUCCCUCUUUCCAUCACCCCGCCCCAUUCUCCCUCUUUCCAUCACCCCGCCCCAUUCUCCCUCUUUCCAUCACCCCGCCCAUUCUCCCUCUUUCCAUCACCCCGCCCCAUUCUCCCGCUUUCCAUCACCCCGCCCCAUUCUCCCUCUUUCCAUCACCCCGCCCCAUUCUCCCUCUUUCCAUCACCCCGCCCCAUUCUCCCGUUUUCCAUCACCCAGCACCAUUCUCCCUCUUUCCAUCAGCCCGCCCCAUUCUCCCUCUUUCCCUCACCCCGCCCCAUUCUCCCGCUUUCCAUCACCCCGCCCCAUUCUCCCGCUUUCCAUCACCCCACCCCAUUCUACCUCUUUCCAUCAACCCGCCCCAUUCUCCCGCUUUCCAUCACCCCGCCCCAUUCUCCCGCUUUCCAUCAGCCCGCCCCAUUCUCCCGCUUUCCAUCACCCUGCACCAUUCUCCCUCUUUCCAUCACCCCGCCCCAUUCUCCCGCUUUCCAUCGCCCGCCCCAUUCUCCCGCUUUCCAUCACCCCGCCCCAUUCUCCCGCUUUCCAUCACCCCACCCCAUUCUCCCGCUUUCCAUGACCCCGCCCUAUUCUCCCGCUUUCCAUCACCCGCCCCAUUCUCCCGCUUUACAUCACCCCGCCCCAUUCUCCCUCUUUCCAUCACCCCGCCCCAUUCUCCCUCUUUCCAUCACCCCGCCCCAUUCUCCCGUUUUCCAUCACCCCUCCCCAUUCUCCCUCUUUCCAUCACCCCGCCCCAUUCUCCCUCUUUCCAUCACCCCGCCCCAUUCUCCCUCUUUCCAUCACCCCGCCCCAUUCUCCCUCUUCCCUCACCCCGCCCCAUUCUCCCGCUUUCCAUCACCCCGCCCCAUUCUCCCGCUUUCCAUCACCCCACCCCAUUCUACCUCUUUCCAUCACCCCGCCCCAUUCUCCCGCUUUCCAUCACCCCGCCCCAUUCUCCGCUUUCUAUCACCCCGCCCCAUUCUCCCUCUUUCCAUCACCCCGGCCCAUUCUCCCUCUUUCCAUCACCCCGCCCCAUUCUCCCGCUUUCCAUCACCCGCCCCAUUCUCCCGCUUUCCAUCACCCCGCCCCAUUCUCCCUCUUUCCAUCACCCCGCCCCAUUCUCCCGAAAUUCCAUCACCCCGCCCCAUUCUCCCGCUUCCAUCACACGCCCCAUUCUCCCUCUUUCCAUCACCCCGCCCCAUUCUCCCGCUUUCCAUCACCCCCGCCCCAUUCUCCCUCUUUCCAUCACCGCGCCCCAUUCUCCCUCUUUCCAUCACCCCGCCCCAUUCUCCCGCUUUCCAUCACCCCGCCCCAUUCUCCCUCUUUCCAUCACCGCGCCCCAUUCUCCCUCUUUCCAUCACCCCGCCCCAUUCUCCCGCUUUCCAUCACCCGCCCCAUUCUCCCGCUUUCCAUCACCCCACCCCAUUCUACCUCUUACCAUCACCCCACCCCAUUCUCCCGCUUUCCAUCACCCCACCCCCAUUCUCCCGCUUUCCAUCACCCCGCCCCAUUCUCCCUCUUUCCAUCACCCCGCCCCAUUCUCCCUCUUUCCAUCACCCCGCCCCAUUCUCCCACUUUCCAUCACCCGCCCCAUUCUCCCGCUUUCCAUCACCCGCCCCAUUCUCCCGCUUUACAUCACCCCGCCCCAUUCUCCCUCUUUCCAUCACCCCGCCCCCAUUCUCCCGCUUUCCAUCACCCCGCCCCAUUCUCCCUCUUUCCAUCACCCCGGCCCAUUCUCCCGCUUUCCAUCACCCCGCCCCAUUCUCCCGCUUUCCAUCACCCGCCCCAUUCUCCCGCUUUCCAUCACCCCGCCCCAUUCUCCCUCUUUCCAUCACCCCGCCCCAUUCUCCCUCUUUCCAUCACCCCGCCCCAUUCUCCCACUUUCCAUCACCCGCCCCAUUCUCCCGCUUUCCAUCACCCCGCCCCAUUCUCCCUCUUUUCAUCACCCCGCCCCAUUCUCCCGAAAUUCCAUCACCCCGCCCCAUUCUCCCGCUUCCAUCACACGCCCCAUUCUCCCUCUUUCCAUCACCCCGCCCCAUUCUCCCACUUUCCAUCACCCCGCCCCUUCUCCCCUCUUUCCAUCACCGCGCCCCAUUAUCCCCUCUUUCCAUCACCCCGCCCCAUUCUCCCGCUUUCCAUCACCCCGCCCCAUUCUCCCUCUUUCCAUCACCGCGCCCCAUUCUCCCUCUUUCCAUCACCCCGCCCCCAUUCUCCCGCUUUCCAUCACCCCGCCCCAUUCUCCCGCUUUCCAUCACCCCACCCCAUUCUACCUCUUACCAUCACCCCACCCCAUUCUCCCGCUUUCCAUCACCCCGCCCCAUUCUCCCGCUUUCCAUCACCCCGCCCCAUUCUCCCUCUUUCCAUCACCCCGCCCCAUUCUCCCUCUUUCCAUCACCCCGCCCCAUUCUCCCACUUUCCAUCACCCGCCCCAUUCUCCCGCUUUCCAUCACCCCGCCCCAUUCUCCCUCUUUCCAUCAGCCCGCCCCAUUCUCCCGAAAUUCCAUCACCCCGCCCCAUUCUCCCGCUUCCAUCACACGCCCCAUUCUCCCUCUUUCCAUCACCCCGGCCCAUUCUCCCGCUUUCCAUCACCCCGCCCCAUUAUCCCUCUUUCCAUCACCCCGCCCCAUUCUCCCUCUUUCCAUCACCCCGCCCCAUUCUCCCCGCUUUCCAUCACCCCGCCCCAUUCUCCCUCUUUCCAUCACCCCGCCCCAUUCUCCCUCUUUCCAUCACCCCGCCCCAUUCUCCCGUUUUCCAUCAACCCAGCCCCAUUCUCCCUCUUUCCAUCACCCCGCCCCAUUCUCCCUCUUUCCCUCACCCCGCCCCAUUCUCCCGCUUUCCAUCACCCCGCCCCAUUCUCCCGCUUUCCAUCACCCCACCCCAUUCUACCUCUUCCAUCACCCCGCCCCAUUCUCCCGCUUUCCAUCACCCCGCCCAUUCUCCCGCUUUCCAUCACCCCGCCCCAUUCUCCCUCUUUCCAUCACCCCGCCCCAUUCUCCCUCUUCCAUCACCCCGCCCCAUUCUCCCGCUUUCCAUCACCCCGCCCCAUUCUCCCGCUUUCCAUCACCCCGCCCCAUUCUCCCUCUUUCCAUCACCCUGCCCCAUUCUCCCGAAAUUCCAUCACCCCGCCCCAUUCUCCCGCUUCCAUCACACGCCCCAUUCUCCCUCUUUCCAUCACCCCGCCCCAUUCUCCCGCUUUCCAUCACCCCGCCCCAUUCUCCCGCUUUCCAUCAUCCUGCCCCAUUCUCCCGCUUUCCAUCACCCGCCCCAUUGUCCCCGCUUUCCAUCACCCCGCCCCAUUCUCCCGCUUUCCAUCACCCCGCCCCAUUCUCCCUCGUUCCAUCACCCCGCCCCGUUCUCUCCGCUUUCCAUCACCCCGCCCCAUUCUCCCUCUUUCCAUCACCCUGCCCCAUUCUCCCGAUUUCCAUCACCCUCCUGAUUCUCUCCGUUUUCCAUCACCCCGCCCAUUCUCCCGCUUUCCAUCUCCCCGCCCCAUUCUCCCGCUUUCCAUCACCCCGCCCCAUUUUCCCGCUUUCCAUCAGCCUCCCCAUUCUCCCGCUUUCCAUUGCCCCGCCCCAUUCUCCCGUUUUCCAUCACCCCUCCCCAUUCUCCCUCUUUCCAUCACCCCGCCCCAUUCUCCCUCUUUCCAUCACCCGCCCCAUUCUCCCUCUUUCCAUCACCCCGCCCCAUUCUCCCUCUUUCCAUCACCCCGCCCCAUUCUCCCGCUUUCCAUCACCCCGCCCCAUUCUCCCUCUUUCCAUCACCCCGCCCCAUUCUCCCUCUUUCCAUCACCCCGCCCCAUUCUCCCGUUUUCCAUCACCCAGCACCAUUCUCCCUCUUUCCAUCACCCCGCCCCAUUCUCCCUCUUUCCCUCACCCCGCCCCAUUCUCCCGCUUUCCAUCACCCCGCCCCAUUCUCCCCGCUUUCCAUCACCCCACCCCAUUCUACCUCUUUCCAUCACCCCGCCCCAUUCUCCCGCUUUCCAUCACCCCGCCCCAUUCUCCCUCUUUCCAUCACCCCGCCCCAUUCUCCCUCUUUCCAUCACCCCGCCCCAUUCUCCCACUUUCCAUCACCCACCCCAUUCUCCCGCUUUCCAUCACCCCGCACCAUUCUCCCGCUUUCCAUCACCCCGCCCCAUUCUCCCGCUUUCCAUCACCCCGCCCCAUUCUCCCGCUUUCCAUCACCCCGCCCCAUUCUCCCGCUUUCCAUCACCCCGCUCCAUUCUUCCGCUUUCUUGCACCCCGCCCCAUUCUCCCGCUUUCCAUCACCCCGCCCCAUUCGCCCGCUUUCCAGCACCCCGCCCCAUUCUCCCGCUUUCCAUCACCCCGCCCCAUGCUCCCGCUUUCCAUCACGCCCCAUUCUCCCGCUUUCCAUCACCCUGCCCCAUUCUCCCGCUUUCCAGCACCUUUUUCCCCAUUCUCCCGCUUUCCAUCACCCCGCCCCAUUCUCCCUCUUUCCAUCACCCCGCCCCAUUCUCCCGCUUUCCAUCACCCGCCCCAUUCUCCCGCUUUCCAUCACCCCGCCCCAUUCUCCCUCUUUCCAUCACCCCGCCCCAUUCUCCCGAAAUUCCAUCACCCCGCCCCAUUCUCCCGCUUCCAUCACACGCCCCAUUCUCCCUCUUUCCAUCACCCCGCCCCAUUCUCCCGCUUUCCAUCACCCCGCCCCAUUCUCCCGCUCCAUCACCCUGCCCCAUUCUCCCUCUUUCCAUCACCCCGCCCCGUUCUCCCGCUUUCCAUCACCCCGCCCCAUUCUCCCUCUUUCCAUCACCCUGCCCCAUUCUCCCGAUUUCCAUCACCCCGCCCCAUUCUCCCGCUUUCCAUCACCCCGCCCCAUUCUCCCUCUUUCCAUCACCCCUCCCGAUUCUCCCGUUUUCCAUCACCCCCGCCCCAUUCUCCCGCUUUCCAUCACCCCGCCCCAUUCUCCCGCUUUCCAUCACCCCGCCCCAUUUUCCCGCUUUCCAUCAGCCUCCCCAUUCUCCCGCUUUCCAUUGCCCCGCCCCAUUCUCCCGUUUUCCAUCACCCCUCCCCAUUCUCCCUCUUUCCAUCACCCCGCCCCAUUCUCCCUCUUUCCAUCACCCCGCCCCAUUCUCCCUCUUUCCAUCACCCCGCCCCCAUUCUCCCUCUUUCCAUCACCCCGCCCCAUUCUCCCGCUUUCCAUCACCCCGCCCCAUUCUCCCGCUUUCCAUCAUCCUGCCCCAUUCUCCCGCUUUCCAUCACCCCGCCCCAUUGUCCCGCUUUCCAUCACCCCGCCCCAUUCUCCCGCUUUCCAUCACCCUGCCCCAUUCUCCCUCUUUCCAUCACCCCGCCCGGUUCUCCCGCUUUCCAUCACCCCGCCCCAUUGUCCCGCUUUCCAGCACCCCGCCCCAUUCUCCCGAUUUCCAUCACCCCUCCCGAUUCUCCCGUUUUCCUUCACCCCGCCCCAUUCUCCCGCUUUCCAUCACCCCGCCCCAUUCUCCCGCUUUCCAUCACCCCGCCCCAUUUUCCCGCUUUCCAUCAGCCUCCCCAUUCUCCCGCUUUCCAUUGCCCUGCCCCAUUCUCCCGUUUUCCAUCACCCCUCCCCAUUCUCCCUCUUUCCAUCACCCCGCCCCAUUCUCCCUCUUUCCAUCACCCCGCCCCAUUCUCCCUCUUUCCAUCACCCCGCCCCAUUCUCCCUCUUUCCAUCACCCCGCCCCAUUCUCCCGCUUUCCAUCACCCCGCCCCAUUCUCCCGCUUUCCAUCACCCUGCCCCAUUCUCCCUCUUUCCAUCACCCUGCCCCGUUCUCCCGCUUUCCAUCACCCCGCCCCAUUCUCCCGCUUUCCAUCACCCCGCCCCAUUCUCCCGCUUCCAUCACACGCCCCAUUCUCCCUCUUUCCAUCACCCCGCCCCAUUCUCCCGCUUUCCAUCACCCCGCCCCAUUCUCCCGCUUUCCAUCAUCCUGCCCCAUUCUCCCGCUUUCCAUCACCCCACCCCAUUGUCCCGCUUUCCAUCACCCCGCCCCAUUCUCCCGCUUUCCAUCACCCUGCCCCAUUCUCCCUCUUUCCAUCACCCCGCCCCGUUCUCCCGCUUUCCAUCACCCCGCCCCAUUCUCCCUCUUUCCAUCACCCUGCCCCAUUCUCCCGAUUUCCAUCACCCCGCCCCAUUCUCCCGAUUUCCAUCACCCCGCCCCAUUCUCCCUCUUUCCAUCACCCCUCCCGAUUCUCCCGUUUUCCAUCACCCCGCCCCAUUCUCCCGCUUUCCAUCACCCCGCCCCAUUCUCCCGCUUUCCAUCACCCCGCCCCAUUUUCCCGCUUUCCAUCAGCCUCCCCAUUCUCCCGCUUUCCAUUGCCCCGCCCCAUUCUCCCGUUUUCCAUCACCCCUCCCCAUUCUCCCUCUUUCCAUCACCCCGCCCCAUUCUCCCUCUUUCCAUCACCCCGCCCCAUUCUCCCUCUUUCCAUCACCCCGCCCCAUUCUCCCUCUUUCCAUCACCCCCGCCCCAUUCUCCCGCUUUCCAUCACCCCGCCCCCAUUCUCCCGCUUUCCAUCACCCUGCCCCAUUCUCCCUCUUUCCAUCACCCUGCCCCGUUCUCCCGCUUUCCAUCACCCCGCCCCAUUCUCCCGCUUUCCAUCACCCCGCCCCAUUCUCCCGCUUCCAUCAUACGCCCCAUUCUCCCUCUUUCCAUCACCCCGCCCCAUUCUCCCGCUUUCCAUCACCCCGCCCCAUUCUCCCGCUUUCCAUCAUCCUGCCCCAUUCUCCCGCUUUCCAUCACCCCACCCCAUUGUCCCGCUUUCCAUCACCCCGCCCCAUUCUCCCGCUUUCCAUCACCCUGCCCCAUUCUCCCUCUUUCCAUCACCCCGCCCCGUUCUCCCGCUUUCCAUCACCCCGCCCCAUUCUCCCUCUUUCCAUCACCCUGCCCCAUUCUCCCGAUUUCCAUCACCCCGCCCCAUUCUCCCGAUUUCCAUCACCCCGCCCCAUUCUCCCUCUUUCCAUCACCCCUCCCGAUUCUCCCGUUUUCCAUCACCCCGCCCCAUUCUCCCGCUUUCCAUCACCCCGCCCCAUUCUCCCGCUUUCCAUCACCCCGCCCCAUUUUCCCGCUUUCCAUCAGCCUCCCCAUUCUCCCGCUUUCCAUUGCCCCGCCCCAUUCUCCCGUUUUCCAUCACCCCUCCCCAUUCUCCCUCUUUCCAUCACCCCGCCCCAUUCUCCCUCUUUCCAUCACCCCGCCCCAUUCUCCCUCUUUCCAUCACCCCGCCCCAUUCUCCGUCUUUCCAUCACCCCGCCCCAUUCUCCCGCUUUCCAUCACCCCGCCCCAUUCUCCCGCUUUCCAUCAUCCUGCCCCAUUCUCCCGCUUUCCAUCACCCCGCCCCAUUGUCCCGCUUUCCAUCACCCCGCCCCAUUCUCCCGCUUUCCAUCACCCUGCCCCAUUCUCCCUCUUUCCAUCACCCCGCCCCGUUCUCCCGCUUUCCAUCACCCCGCCCCAUUGUCCCGCUUUCCAGCACCCCGCCCCAUUCUCCCGAUUUCCAUCACCCCUCCCGAUUCUCCCGUUUUCCAUCACCCCGCCCCAUUCUCCCGCUUUCCAUCACCCCGCCCCAUUCUCCCGCUUUCCAUCACCCCGCCCCAUUUUCCCGCUUUCCAUCAGCCUCCCCAUUCUCCCGCUUUCCAUUGCCCUGCCCCAUUCUCCCGUUUUCCAUCACCCCUCCCCAUUCUCCCUCUUUCCAUCACCCCGCCCCAUUCUCCCUCUUUCCAUCACCCCGCCCCAUUCUCCCUCUUUCCAUCACCCCGCCCCAUUCUCCCUCUUUCCAUCACCCCGCCCCAUUCUCCCGCUUUCCAUCACCCCGCCCCUUUCUCCCUCUUUCCAUCACCCCGCCCCAUUCUCCCUCUUUCCAUCACCCCGCCCCAUUCUCCCGUUUUCCAUCACCCAGCACCAUUCUCCCUCUUUCCAUCACCCCGCCCCAUUCUCCCUCUUUCCCUCACCCCGCCCCAUUCUCCCGCUUUCCAUCACCCCGCCCCAUUCUCCCGCUUUCCAUCACCCCACCCCCAUUCUACCUCUUUCCAUCACCCCGCCCCAUUCUCCCGCUUUCCAUCACCCCGCCCCAUUCUCCCGCUUUCCAUCACCCCGCCCCAUUCUCCCUCUUUCCAUCACCCCGCCCCAUUCUCCCUCUUUCCAUCACCCCGCCCCAUUCUCCCACUUUCCAUCACCCGCCCCAUUCUCCCGCUUUCCAUCACCCCGCCCCAUUCUCCCUCUUUCCAUCAGCCCGCCCCAUUCUCCCGAAAUUCCAUCACCCCGCCCCAUUCUCCCGCUUCCAUCACACGCCCCAUUCUCCCUCUUUCCAUCACCCCGCCCCAUUCUCCCGCUUUCCAUCACCCCGCCCCAUUAUCCCUCUUUCCAUCACCCCGCCCCAUUCUCCCUCUUUCCAUCACCCCGCCCCAUUCUCCCGCUUUCCAUCACCCCACCCCAUUCUCCCUCUUUCCAUCACCCCGCCCCAUUCUCCCUCUUUCCAUCACCCCGCCCCAUUCUCCCGCUUUCCAUCACCCCGCCCCAUUCUCCCUCUUUCCAUCACCCCGCCCCAUUCUCCCUCUUUCCAUCACCCCGCCCCAUUCUCCCGUUUUCCAUCACCCAGCCCCAUUCUCCCUCUUUCCAUCACCCCGCCCCAUUCUCCCUCUUUCCCUCACCCCGCCCCAUUCUCCUGCUUUCCAUCACCCCGCCCCAUUCUCCCGCUUUCCAUCACCCCACCCCAUUCUACCUUUUCCAUCACCCCUCCCAUUCUCCCGCUUUCCAUCACCCCGCCCCAUUCUCUUGCUUUCCAUCACCCCGCCCCAUUCUCCCUCUUUCCAUCACCCCGCCCCAUUCUCCCUCUUUCCAUCACCCCGCCCCAUUCUCCCACUUUCCAUCACCCGCCCCAUUCUCCCGCUUUCCAUCACCCCGCCCCAUUCUCCCUCUUUCCAUCAGCUCGCCCCAUUCUCCCGAAAUUCCAUCACCCCGCCCCAUUCUCCCGCUUCCAUCACACGCCCCAUUCUCCCUCUUUCUAUCACCCCGCCCCCAUUCUCCCGCUUUCCAUCACCCCGCCCCAUUAUCCCUCUUUCCAUCACCCCGCCCCAUUCUCCGUCUUUCCAUCACCCCGCCCCAUUCUCCCGCUUUCCAUCACACCGCCCCCAUUCUCCCUCUUUCCAUCAUCCCGCCCCAUUCUCCCUCUUUCCAUCACCCCGCCCCAUUCUCCCGUUUUCUAUCACCCAGCCCCAUUCUCCCUCUUUCCAUCACCCCGCCCCAUUCUCCCGAAAUUCCAUCACCCCGCCCCAUUCUCCCGCUUCCAUCACACGCCCCAUUCUCCCUCUUUCCAUCACCCCGCCCCAUUCUCCCGCUUUCCAUCACCCCGCCCCAUUCUCCCGCUUUCCAUCAUCCUGUCCCAUUCUCCCGCUUUCCAUCACCCCGCCCCAUUGUCCCGCUUUCCAUCACCCCGCCCCAUUCUCCCGCUUUCCAUCACCCUGCCCCAUUCUCCCUCUUUCCAUCACCCCGCCCCGUUCUCCCGCUUUCCAUCACCCCGCCCCAUUCUCCCUCUUUCCAUCACCCUGCCCCAUUCUCCCGAUUUCCAUCACCCCUCCCGAUUCUCCCGUUUUCCAUCACCCCGCCCCUUUCUCCCGCUUUCCAUCUCCCCGCCCCAUUCUCCCGCUUUCCAUCACCCCGCCCCAUUUUCCCGCUUUCCAUCAGCCUCCCCAUUCUCCCGCUUUCCAUUGCCCCGCCCCAUUCUCCCGUUUUCCAUCACCCCUCCCCAUUCUCCCUCUUUCCAUCACCCCGCCCCAUUCUCCCUCUUUCCAUCACCCGCCCCAUUCUCCCUCUUUCCAUCACCCCGCCCCAUUCUCCCUCUUUCCAUCACCCCGCCCCAUUCUCCCGCUUUCCAUCACCCCGCCCCAUUCUCCCUCUUUCCAUCACCCCGCCCCAUUCUCCCUCUUUCCAUCACCCCGCCCCAUUCUCCCGUUUUCCAUCACCCAGCACCAUUCUCCCUCUUUCCAUCACCCCACCCCAUUGUCCCUCUUUCCCUCACCCCGCCCCAUUCUCCCGCUUUCCAUCACCCCGCCCCAUUCUCCCGCUUUCCAUCACCCCACCCCAUUCUACCUCUUUCCAUCACCCCGCCCCAUUCUCCCGCUUUCCAUCACCCCGCCCCAUUCUCCCGCUUUCCAUCACCCCGCCCCAUUCUCCCUCUUUCCAUCACCCCGCCCCAUUCUCCCUCUUUCCAUCACCCCGCCCCAUUCUCCCGUUUUCCAUCACCCAGCACCAUUCUCCCUCUUUCCAUCACCCCGCCCCAUUCUCCCUCUUUCCCUCACCCCGCCCCAUUCUCCCGCUUUCCAUCACCCCGCCCCAUUCUCCCGCUUUCCAUCACCCCACCCCAUUCUACCUCUUUCCAUCACCCCGCCCCAUUCUUCCGCUUUCCAUCACCCCGCCCCAUUCUCCCGCUUUCCAUCACCCCGCCCCAUUCUCCCUCUUUCCAUCACCCCGCCCCAUUCUCCCUCUUUCCAUCACCCCGCCCCAUUCUCCCACUUUCCAUCACCCGCCCCAUUCUCCCGCUUUCCAUCACCCCGCCCCAUUCUCCCUCUUUCCAUCAGCCCGCCCCAUUCUCCCGAAAUUCCAUCACCCCGCCCCAUUCUCCCGCUUCCAUCACACGCCCCAUUCCCCCUCUUUCCAUCACCCCGCCCCAUUCUCCCGCUUUCCAUCACCCCGCCCCAUUAUCCCUCUUUCCAUCACCCCGCCCCAUUCUCCCUCUUUCCAUCACCCCGCCCCAUUCUCCCGCUUUCCAUCACCCCGCCCCAUUCUCCCUCUUUCCAUCACCCCGCCCCAUUCUCCCUCUUUCCAUCACCCCGCCCCAUUCUCCCGCUUUCCAUCACCCCGCCCCAUUCUCCCUCUUUCCAUCACCCCGCCCCAUUCUCCCUCUUUCCAUCACCCCGCCCCAUUCUCCCGUUUUCCAUCACCCAGCCCCAUUCUCCCUCUUUCCAUCACCCCGCCCCAUUCUCCCUCUUUCCCUCACCCUGCCCCAUUCUCCCGUUUCCAUCACCCCGCCCCAUUCUCCCUCUUUCCAUCACCCCGCCCCAUUCUACCUCUUUCCAUCACCCCGCCCCAUUCUCCCGCUUUCCAUCACCCCGCCCCAUUCUCCCUCUUUCCAUCACCCCGCCCCAUUCUCCCUCUUUCCAUCACCCCGCCCCAUUCUCCCACUUUCCAUCACCCGCCCCAUUCUCUCGCUUUCCAUCACCCCGCCCCAUUCUCCCUCUUUCCAUCACCCCGCCCCAUUCUCCCGCUUUCCAUCACCCCGCCCCAUUAUCCCUCUUUCCAUCACCCCCGCCCCAUUCUCCCUCUUUCCAUCACCCCGCCCCAUUCUCCCGCUUUCCAUCACCCCACCCCAUUCUACCUCUUUCCAUCACCCCUCCCCAUUCUCCCGCUUUCCAUCACCCCGCCCCAUUCUCCCGCUUUCCAUCACCCCGCCCCAUUCUCCCUCUUUCCAUCACCCCGCCCCAUUCUCCCGCUUUCCAUCACCCCGCCCCAUUCUCCCGCUUUCCAUCACCCCACCCCAUUCUACCUCUUUCCAUCACCCCGCCCCAUUCUCCCGCUUUCCAUCACCCCGCCCCAUUCUCCCGCUUUCCAUCACCCCGCCCCAUUCUCCCUCUUUCCAUCACCCCGCCCCAUUCUCCCUCUUUCCAUCACCCCGCCCCAUUCUCCCGUUUUCCAUCACCCAGCACCAUUCUCCCUCUGUCCAUCACCCCGCCCCAUUCUCCCUCUUUCCCUCACCCCGCCCCAUUCUCCCGCUUUCCAUCACCCCACCCCAUUCUCCCGCUUUCCAUCACCCCACCCCAUUCUACCUCUUUCCAUCACCCCGCCCCAUUCUCCCGCUUUCCAUCACCCCGCCCCAUUCUCCCGCUUUCCAUCACCCCGCCCCAUUCUCCCUCUUUCCAUCACCCCGCCCCAUUCUCCCUCUUUCCAUCACCCCGCCCCAUUCUCCCACUUUCCAUCACCCGCCCCAUUCUCCCGCUUUCCAUCACCCCGCCCCAUUCUCCCUCUUUCCAUCAGCCCGCCCCAUUCUCCCGAAAUUCCAUCACCCCGCCCCAUUCUCCCGCUUCCAUCACACGCCCCAUUCUCCCUCUUUCCAUCACCCCACCCCAUUCUCCCGCUUUCCAUCACCCCGCCCCAUUAUCCCUCUUUCCAUCACCCCGCCCCAUUCUCCCUCUUUCCAUCACCCCGCCCCAUUCUCCCGCUUUCCAUCACCCCGCCCCAUUCUCCCUCUUUCCAUCACCCCGCCCCAUUCUCCCUCUUUCCAUCACCCCGCCCCAUUCUCCCGCUUUCCAUCACCCCGCCCCAUUCUCCCUCUUUCCAUCACCCCGCCCCAUUCUCCCUCUUUCCAUCACCCCGCCCCAUUCUCCCGUUUUCCAUCACCCAGCCCCAUUCUCCCUCUUUCCAUCACCCCGCCCCAUUCUCCCUCUUUCCCUCACCCCGCCCCAUUCUCCUGCUUUCCAUCACCCCGCCCCAUUCUCCCGCUUUCCAUCACCCCACCCCAUUCUACCUCUUUCCAUCACCCCUCCCCAUUCUCCCGCUUUCCAUCACCCCGCCCCAUUCUCCCGCUUUCCAUCACCCCGCCCCAUUCUCCCUCUUUCCAUCACCCCGCCCCAUUCUCCCUCUUUCCAUCACCCCGCCCCAUUCUCCCACUUUCCAUCACCCGCCCCAUUCUCCCGCUUUCCAUCACCCCGCCCCAUUCUCCCUCUUUCCAUCAGCUCGCCCCAUUCUCCCGAAAUUCCAUCACCCCGCCCCAUUCUCCCGCUUCCAUCACACGCCCCAUUCUCCCUCUUUCCAUCACCCCGCCCCAUUCUCCCGCUUUCCAUCACCCCGCCCCAUUAUCCCUCUUUCCAUCACCCCGCCCCAUUCUCCCUCUUUCCAUCACCCCGCCCCAUUCUCCCGCUUUCCAUCACCCCGCGCCAUUCUCCCUCUUUCCAUCAUCCCGCCCCAUUCUCCCUCUUUCCAUCACCCCGCCCCAUUCUCCCGUUUUCUAUCACCCAGCCCCAUUCUCCCUCUUUCCAUCACCCCGCCCCAUUCUCCCGAAAUUCCAUCACCCCGCCCCAUUCUCCCGCUUCCAUCACACGCCCCAUUCUCCCUCUUUCCAUCACCCCGCCCCAUUCUCCCGCUUUCCAUCACCCCGCCCCAUUCUCCCGCUUUCCAUCAUCCUGCCCCAUUCUCCCGCUUUCCAUCACCCCGCCCCAUUGUCCCGCUUUCCAUCACCCCGCCCCAUUCUCCCGCUUUCCAUCACCCUGCCCCAUUCUCCCUCUUUCCAUCACCCCGCCCCCCUCCCCAUUCUCCCGCUUUCCAUUGCCCCGCCCCAUUCUCCCGUUUUCCAUCACCCCUCCCCAUUCUCCCUCUUUCCAUCACCCCGCCCCAUUCUCCCUCUUUCCAUCACCCGCCCCAUUCUCCCUCUUUCCAUCACCCCGCCCCAUUCUCCCUCUUUCCAUCACCCCGCCCCAUUCUCCCGCUUUCCAUCACCCCGCCCCAUUCUCCCUCUUUCCAUCACCCCGCCCCAUUCUCCCUCUUUCCAUCACCCCGCCCCAUUCUCCCGUUUUCCAUCACCCAGCACCAUUCUCCCUCUUUCCAUCACCCCGCCCCAUUGUCCCUCUUUCCCUCACCCCGCCCCAUUCUCCCGCUUUCCAUCACCCCGCCCCAUUCUCCCGCUUUCCAUCACCCCACCCCAUUCUACCUCUUUCCAUCACCCCGCCCCAUUCUCCCGCUUUCCAUCACCCCGCCCCAUUCUCCCGCUUUCCAUCACCCCGCCCCAUUCUCCCUCUUUCCAUCACCCCGCCCCAUUCUCCCUCUUUCCAUCACCCCGCCCCAUUCUCCCACUUUCCAUCACCCGCCCCAUUCUCCCGCUUUCCAUCACCCCGCCCCAUUCUCCCGCUUUCCAUCACCCCGCCCCAUUCUCCCGCUUUCCAUCACCCCGCUCCAUUCUUCCGCUUUCUUGCACCCCGCCCUAUUCUCCCGCUUUCCAUCACCCCGCCCCAUUCGCCCGCUUUCCAGCACCCCGCCCCAUUCUCCCGCUUUCCAUCACCCCGCCCCAUGCUCCCGCUUUCCAUCACGCCCCAUUCUCCCGCUUUCCAUCACCCUGCCCCAUUCUCCCGCUUUCCAGCACCUUGCCCCAUUCUCCCGCUUUCCAUCACACCGCCCCAUUCUCCCUCUUUCCAUCACCCCGCCCCAUUCUCCCGCUUUCCAUCACCCGCCCCAUUCUCCCGCUUUCUAUCACCCCGCCCCAUUCUCCCGCUUUCCAUCAUCCUGCCCCAUUCUCCCGCUUUCCAUCACCCCGCCCCAUUGUCCCGCUUUCCAUCACCCCGCCCCAUUCUCCCGCUUUCCAUCACCCUGCCCCAUUCUCCCGCUUUCCAUCACCCGCCCCAUUCUCCCGAAAUUCCAUCACCCCGCCCCAUUCUCCCGCUUCCAUCACACGCCCCAUUCUCCCUCUUUCCAUCACCCCGCCCCAUUCUCCCGCUUUCCAUCACCCCGCCCCAUUCUCCCGCUUUCCAUCAUCCUGCCCCAUUCUCCCGCUUUCCAUCACCCCGCCCCAUUGUCCUGCUUUCCAUCACCCCGCCCCAUUCUCCCGCUUUCCAUCACCCUGCCCCAUUCUCCCUCUUUCCAUCACCCCGCCCCGUUCUCCCGCUUUCCAUCACCCUGCCCCCUUCUCCCUCUUUCCAUCACCCUGCCCAAUUCUCCCGAUUUCCAUCACCCCUCCCGAUUCUCCCGUUUUCCAUCACCCCGCCCCAUUCUCCCGCUUUCCAUCACCCCGCCCCAUUCUCCCGCUUUCCAUCACCCCGCCCCAUUUUCCCGCUUUCCAUCAGCCUCCCCAUUCUCCCGCUUUCCAUUGCCCCACCCCAUUCUCCCGUUUUCCAUCACCCCUCCCCAUUCUCCCUCUUUCCAUCACCCCGCCCCAUUCUCCCUCUUUCCAUCACCCCGCCACAUUCUCCCUCUUUCCAUCACCCCGCCCCAUUCUCCCGCUUUCCAUCACCCCGCCCCAUUCUCCCUCUUUCCAUCACCCCGCCCCAUUCUCCCUCUUUCCAUCACCCCGCCCCAUUCUCCCGUUUUCCAUCACCCAGCACCAUUCUCCCUCUUUCCAUCACCCCGCCCCAUUCUCCCUCUUUCCAUCACCCCGCCCCAUUCUCCCUCUUUCCAUCACCUCGCCCCAUUCUCCCUCUUUCCAUCACCCCGCCCCAUUCUCCCGCUUUCCAUCACCCCGCCCCAUUCUCCCGCUUUCCAUCAUCCUGCCCCAUUCUCCCGCUUUCCAUCACCCCGCCCCAUUGUCCCGCUUUCCAUCACCCCGCCCCAUUCUCCCGCUUUCCAUCACCCUGCCCCAUUCUCCCUCUUUCCAUCACCCCGCCCCGUUCUCCCGCUUUCCAUCACCCCGCCCCAUUCUCCCGCUUUCCAGCACCCCGCCCCAUUCUCCCGAUUUCCAUCACCCCUCCCGAUUCUCCCGUUUUCCAUCACCCCGCCCCAUUCUCCCGCUUUCCAUCACCCCGCCCCAUUCUCCCGCUUUCCAUCACCCCGCCCCAUUUUCCCGCUUUCCAUCAGCCUCCCCAUUCUCCCGCUUUCCAUUGCCCCGCCCCAUUCUCCCGUUUUCCAUCACCCCUCCCCAUUCUCCCUCUUUCCAUCACCCCGCCCCAUUCUCCCUCUUUCCAUCACCCCGCCCCAUUCUCCCUCUUUCCAUCACCCCGCCCCAUUCUCCCUCUUUCCAUCACCCCGCCCCAUUCUCCCGCUUUCCAUCACCCCGCCCCAUUCUCCCUCUUUCCAUCACCCCGCCCCAUUCUCCCGCUUUCCAUCACCCCGCCCCAUUCUCCCUCUUUCCAUCACCCCGCCCCAUUCUCCCUCUUUCCAUCACCCCGCCCCAUUCUCCCGUUUUCCAUCACCCAGCACCAUUCUCCCUCUUUCCAUCACCCCGCCCCAUUCUCCCUCUUUCCAUCACCCCGCCCCAUUCUCCCUCUUUCCAUCACCCCGCCCCAUUCUCCCUCUUUCCAUCACCCCGCCCCAUUCUCCCUCUUUCCAUCACCCCGCCCCAUUCUCCCGCUUUCCAUCACCCCGCCCCAUUCUCCCUCUUUCCAUCACCCCGCCCCAUUCUCCCUCUUUCCAUCACCCCGCCCCAUUCUCCCGUUUUCCAUCACCCAGCACCAUUCUCCCUCUUUCCAUCACCCCGCCCCAUUCUCCCUCUUUCCAUCACCCCGCCCCAUUCUCCCUCUUUCCAUCACCCCGCCCCAUUCUCCCUCUUUCCAUCACCCCGCCCCAUUCUCCCUCUUUCCAUCACCCCGCCCCAUUCUCCCGCUUUCCAUCACCCCGCCCCAUUCUCCCUCUUUCCAUCACCCCGCCCCAUUCUCCCUCUUUCCAUCACCCCGCCCCAUUCUCCCUCUUUCCAUCACCCCGCCCCAUUCUCCCUCUUUCCAUCACCCCGCCCCAUUCUCCCGCUUUCCAUCACCCCGCCCCAUUCUCCCGCUUUCCAUCAUCCUGCCCCAUUCUCCCGCUUUCCAUCACCCCGCCCCAUUGUCCCGCUUUCCAUCACCCCGCCCCAUUCUCCCGCUUUCCAUCACCCUGCCCCAUUCUCCCUCUUUCCAUCACCCCGCCCCGUUCUCCCGCUUUCCAUCACCCCGCCCCAUUGUCCCGCUUUCCAGCACCCCGCCCCAUUCUCCCGAUUUCCAUCACCCCUCCCGAUUCUCCCGUUUUCCAUCACCCCGCCCCAUUCUCCCGCUUUCCAUCACCCCGCCCCAUUCUCCCGCUUUCCAUCACCCCGCCCCAUUUUCCCGCUUUCCAUCAGCCUCCCCAUUCUCCCGCUUUCCAUUGCCCCGCCCCAUUCUCCCGUUUUCCAUCACCCCUCCCCAUUCUCCCUCUUUCCAUCACCCCGCCCCAUUCUCCCUCUUUCCAUCACCCCGCCCCAUUCUCCCUCUUUCCAUCACCCCGCCCCAUUCUCCCUCUUUCCAUCACCCCGCCCCAUUCUCCCUCUUUCCAUCACCCCGCCCCAUUCUCCCUCUUUCCAUCACCCCGCCCCAUUCUCCCUCUUUCCAUCACCCCGCCCCAUUCUCCCGCUUUCCAUCACCCCGCCCCAUUCUCCCGCUUUCCAUCAUCCUGCCCCAUUCUCCCGCUUUCCAUCACCCCGCCCCAUUGUCCCGCUUUCCAUCACCCCGCCCCAUUCUCCCGCUUUCCAUCACCCUGCCCCAUUCUCCCUCUUUCCAUCACCCCGCCCCGUUCUCCCGCUUUCCAUCACCCCGCCCCAUUCUCCCGCUUUCCAGCACCCCGCCCCAUUCUCCCGAUUUCCAUCACCCCUCCCGAUUCUCCCGUUUUCCAUCACCCCGCCCCAUUCUCCCGCUUUCCAUCACCCCGCCCCAUUCUCCCGCUUUCCAUCACCCCGCCCCAUUUUCCCGCUUUCCAUCAGCCUCCCCAUUCUCCCGCUUUCCAUUGCCCCGCCCCAUUCUCCCGUUUUCCAUCACCCCUCCCCAUUCUCCCUCUUUCCAUCACCCCGCCCCAUUCUCCCUCUUUCCAUCACCCCGCCCCAUUCUCCCUCUUUCCAUCACCCCGCCCCAUUCUCCCUCUUUCCAUCACCCCGCCCCAUUCUCCCGCUUUCCAUCACCCCGCCCCAUUCUCCCUCUUUCCAUCACCCCGCCCCAUUCUCCCGCUUUCCAUCACCCCGCCCCAUUCUCCCUCUUUCCAUCACCCCGCCCCAUUCUCCCUCUUUCCAUCACCCCGCCCCAUUCUCCCGUUUUCCAUCACCCAGCACCAUUCUCCCUCUUUCCAUCACCCCGCCCCAUUCUCCCUCUUUCCAUCACCCCGCCCCAUUCUCCCUCUUUCCAUCACCCCGCCCCAUUCUCCCUCUUUCCAUCACCCCGCCCCAUUCUCCCUCUUUCCAUCACCCCGCCCCAUUCUCCCGCUUUCCAUCACCCCGCCCCAUUCUCCCUCUUUCCAUCACCCCGCCCCAUUCUCCCUCUUUCCAUCACCCCGCCCCAUUCUCCCGUUUUCCAUCACCCAGCACCAUUCUCCCUCUUUCCAUCACCCCGCCCCAUUCUCCCUCUUUCCAUCACCCCGCCCCAUUCUCCCUCUUUCCAUCACCCCGCCCCAUUCUCCCUCUUUCCAUCACCCCGCCCUAUUCUCCCUCUUUCCUUCACCCCGCCCCAUUGUCCCUCUUUCCAUCACCCCGCCCCAUUCUCCCUCUUUCCAUCACCCCGCCCCAUUCUCCCUCUUUCCAUCACCCCCGCCCCAUUCUCCCUCUUUCCAUCACCCCGCCCCAUUCUCCCGUUUUCCAUCACCCAGCACCAUUCUCCCUCUUUCCAUCACCCCGCCCCAUUCUCCCUCUUUCCAUCACCCCGCCCCAUUCUCCCUCUUUCCAUCACCCCGCCCCAUUCUCCCUCUUUCCAUCACCCCGCCCGAUUCUCCCGCUUUCCAUCACCCCGCCCCAUUCUCCCGCUUUCCAUCACCCCGCCCCAUUCUCCCUCUUUCCAUCACCCCGCCCCAUUCUCCCGCUUUCCAUCACCCCGCCCCAUUCUCCCUCUUUCCAUCACCCCGCCCCAUUCUCCCUCUUUCCAUCACCCCGCCCCAUUCUCCCGUUUUCCAUCACCCAGCACCAUUCUCCCUCUUUCCAUCACCCCGCCCCAUUCUCCCUCUUUCCAUCACCCCGCCCCAUUCUCCCUCUUUCCAUCACCCCGCCCCAUUCUCCCUCUUUCCAUCACCCCGCCCCAUUCUCCCUCUUUCCAUCACCCCGCCCCAUUCUCCCGCUUUCCAUCACCCCGCCCCAUUCUCCCUCUUUCCAUCACCCCGCCCCAUUCUCCCUCUUUCCAUCACCCCGCCCCAUUCUCCCGUUUUCCAUCACCCAGCACCAUUCUCCCUCUUUCCAUCACCCCGCCCCAUUCUCCCUCUUUCCAUCACCCCGCCCCAUUCUCCCUCUUUCCAUCACCCCGCCCCAUUCUCCCUCUUUCCAUCACCCCGCCCCAUUCUCCCGCUUUCCAUCACCCCGCCCCAUUCUCCCGCUUUCCAUCAUCCUGCCCCAUUCUCCCGCUUUCCAUCACCCCGCCCCAUUGUCCCGCUUUCCAUCACCCCGCCCCAUUCUCCCGCUUUCCAUCACCCUGCCCCAUUCUCCCUCUUUCCAUCACCCCGCCCCGUUCUCCCGCUUUCCAUCACCCCGCCCCAUUGUCCCGCUUUCCAGCACCCCGCCCCAUUCUCCCGAUUUCCAUCACCCCUCCCGAUUCUCCCGUUUUCCAUCACCCCGCCCCAUUCUCCCGCUUUCCAUCACCCCGCCCCAUUCUCCCGCUUUCCAUCACCCCGCCCCAUUUUCCCGCUUUCCAUCAGCCUCCCCAUUCUCCCGCUUUCCAUUGCCCCGCCCCAUUCUCCCGUUUUCCAUCACCCCUCCCCAUUCUCCCUCUUUCCAUCACCCCGCCCCAUUCUCCCUCUUUCCAUCACCCCGCCCCAUUCUCCCUCUUUCCAUCACCCCGCCCCAUUCUCCCUCUUUCCAUCACCCCGCCCCAUUCUCCCGCUUUCCAUCACCCCGCCCCAUUCUCCCUCUUUCCAUCACCCCGCCCCAUUCUCCCUCUUUCCAUCACCCCGCCCCAUUCUCCCGUUUUCCAUCACCCAGCACCAUUCUCCCUCUUUCCAUCACCCCGCCCCAUUCUCCCUCUUUCCCUCACCCCGCCCCAUUCUCCCGCUUUCCAUCACCCCGCCCCAUUCUCCCGCUUUCCAUCACCCCACCCCAUUCUACCUCUUUCCAUCACCCCGCCCCAUUCUCCCGCUUUCCAUCACCCCGCCCCAUUCUCCCGCUUUCCAUCACCCCGCCCCAUUCUCUCGCUUUCCAUCACCCGCCCCAUUCUCCCGCUUUCCAUCACCCCACCCCAUUCUCCCUCUUUCCAUCACCCCGCCCCAUUCUCCCUCUUUCCAUCACCCCGCCCCAUUCUCCCGUUUUCCAUCACCCCUCCCCAUUCUAUCUUUUUCCAUCACCCCGCCCCAUUCUCCCUCUUUCCAUCACCACGCCCCAUUCUCCCUCUUUCCAUCACCCCGCCUCAUUCUCCCUCUUUCCAUCACCCCGCCCCAUUCUCCCGCUUUCCAUCACCCCGCCCCAUUCUCCCGCUUUCCAUCACCCCGCCCCAUUCUCCCGCUUUCCAUCACCCCGCCCCAUUCUCCCGCUUUCCAUCACCCCGCCCCAUUCUCCCGCUUUCCAUCAUCCUGUCCCAUUCUCCCGCUUUCCAUCACCCCGCCCCAUUCUCCCGCUUUCCAUCACCCCGCCCAUUCUCCCGCUUUCCAGCACCCCGCCCCAUUCUCCCGCUUUCCAGCACCCCGCCCCAUUCUCCCGCUUUCCAUCACCCCGUCCAUUCUCCCACUUUCCAUCACCCCGCCCCAUUCUCCCGCUUUCCAUCACCCCGCCCCAUUCUCCCUCUUUCCAUCACCCCGCCCCAUUCUCCCUCUUUCCAUCACCCCGCCCCAUUCUCCCUCUUUCCAUCACCCCGCCCCAUUCUCCCUCUUUCCAUCACCCCGCCCCAUUCUCUCGCUUUCCAUCACCCCGCCCCAUUCUCCCGCUUUCCAUCACCCCGCCCCAUUCUCCCGCUUUCCAUCACCCCGCCCCAUUCUCCCGUUUUCCAUCACCCCGCCCGAUUCUCCCGCUUUCCAUCACCCCGCCCCAUUCUCCCUCUUUCCGUCACCCCGCCCCAUUCUCCCGCUUUCCAUCACCCGCCCCAUUCUCCCGCUUUCCAUCACCCCGCCCCGUUCACCCGCUUUCCAUCACCGCGCCCCAUUCUCCCUCUUUCCAUCACCCCGCCCCAUUCUAUCUCUUUCCAUCACCCCGCCCCAUUCUCCCUCUUUCCAUCACCCCGCCCCAUUCUCCCGCUUUCCAUCACCCCGCCCCAUUCUCCCUCUUUCCAUCACCCCGCCCCAUUUUUCCUCUUUCCAUAACCCCGCCCCAUUCUCCCGCUUUCCAUCACCCUGGUCCAUUCUCCCGCUUUCCAUCACCCCGCCCUAUUCUCCCUCUUUCCUUCACCCCGCCCCAUUGUCCCUCUUUCCAUCACCCCGCCCCAUUCUCCCUCUUUCCAUCACCCCGCCCCAUUCUCCCUCUUUCCAUCACCCCGCCCCAUUCUCCCUCUUUCCAUCACCCCGCCCCAUUCUCCCGUUUUCCAUCACCCAGCACCAUUCUCCCUCUUUCCAUCACCCCGCCCCAUUCUCCCUCUUUCCAUCACCCCGCCCCAUUCUCCCUCUUUCCAUCACCCCGCCCCAUUCUCCCUCUUUCCAUCACCCCGCCCCAUUCUCCCGCUUUCCAUCACCCCGCCCCAUUCUCCCGCUUUCCAUCAUCCUGCCCCAUUCUCCCGCUUUCCAUCACCCCGCCCCAUUGUCCCGCUUUCCAUCACCCCGCCCCAUUCUCCCGCUUUCCAUCACCCUGCCCCAUUCUCCCUCUUUCCAUCACCCCGCCCCGUUCUCCCGCUUUCCAUCACCCCGCCCCAUUGUCCCGCUUUCCAGCACCCCGCCCCAUUCUCCCGAUUUCCAUCACCCCUCCCGAUUCUCCCGUUUUCCAUCACCCCGCCCCAUUCUCCCGCUUUCCAUCACCCCGCCCCAUUCUCCCGCUUUCCAUCACCCCGCCCCAUUUUCCCGCUUUCCAUCAGCCUCCCCAUUCUCCCGCUUUCCAUUGCCCCACCCCAUUCUCCCGUUUUCCAUCACCCCUCCCCAUUCUCCCUCUUUCCAUCACCCCGCCCCAUUCUCCCUUUUUCCAUCACCCCGCCCCAUUCUCCCUCUUUCCAUCACCCCGCCCCAUUCUCCCUCUUUCCAUCACCCCGCCCCAUUCUCCCGCUUUCCAUCACCCCGCCCCAUUCUCCCUCUUUCCUUCACACCGCCCCAUUCUCCCUCUUUCCAUCACCCCGCCCCAUUCUCCUGUUUUCCAUCACCCAGCACCAUUCUCCCUCUUUCCAUCACCCCGCCCCAUUCUCCCUCUUUCCCUCACCCCGCCCCAUUCUCCCGCUUUCCAUCACCCCGCCCCAUUCUCCCGCUUUCCAUCACCCCACCCCAUUCUACCUCUUUCCAUCACCCCGCCCCAUUCUCCCGCUUUCCAUCACCCCGCCCCAUUCUCCCGCUUUCCAUCACCCCGCCCCAUUCUCUCGCUUUCCAUCACCCGCCCCAUUCUCCCGCUUUCCAUCACCCCACCCCAUUCUCCCUCUUUCCAUCACCCCGCCCCAUUCUCCCUCUUUCCAUCACCCCGCCCCAUUCUCCCGUUUUCCAUCACCCCUCCCCAUUCUAUCUUUUUCCAUCACCCCGCCCCAUUCUCCCUCUUUCCAUCACCACGCCCCAUUCUCCCUCUUUCCAUCACCCCGCCUCAUUCUCCCUCUUUCCAUCACCCCGCCCCAUUCUCCCGCUUUCCAUCACCCCGCCCCAUUCUCCCGCUUUCCAUCACCCCGCCCCAUUCUCCCGCUUUCCAUCACCCCGCCCCAUUCUCCCGCUUUCCAUCACCCCGCCCCAUUCUCCCGCUUUCCAUCAUCCUGUCCCAUUCUCCCGCUUUCCAUCACCCCGCCCCAUUCUCCCGCUUUCCAUCACCCCGCCCAUUCUCCCGCUUUCCAUCACCCCGCCCCAUUCUCCCGCUUUCCAGCACCCCGCCCCAUUCUCCCGCUUUCCAUCACCCCGCCCCAUUCUCCCGCUUUCCAUCACCCCGCCCCAUUCUCCCGCUUUCCAUCACCCCGCCCCAUUCUCCCUCUUUCCAUCACCCCGCCCCAUUCUCCCUCUUUCCAUCACCCCGCCCCAUUCUCCCUCUUUCCAUCACCCCGCCCCAUUCUCCCUCUUUCCAUCACCCCGCCCCAUUCUCUCGCUUUCCAUCACCCCGCCCCAUUCUCCCGCUUUCCAUCACCCCGCCCCAUUCUCCCGCUUUCCAUCACCCCGCCCCAUUCUCCCGUUUUCCAUCACCCCGCCCGAUUCUCCCGCUUUCCAUCACCCCGCCCCAUUCUCCCUCUUUCCGUCACCCCGCCCCAUUCUCCCGCUUUCCAUCACCCGCCCCAUUCUCCCGCUUUCCAUCACCCCGCCCCAUUCACCCGCUUUCCAUCACCGCGCCCCAUUCUCCCUCUUUCCAUCACCCCGCCCCAUUCUAUCUCUUUCCAUCACCCCGCCCCAUUCUCCCUCUUUCCAUCACCCCGCCCCAUUCUCCCGCUUUCCAUCACCCCGCCCCAUUCUCCCUCUUUCCAUCACCCCGCCCCAUUUUUCCUCUUUCCAUAACCCCGCCCCAUUCUCCCGCUUUCCAUCACCCUGGUCCAUUCUCCCGCUUUCCAUCACCCCGCCCUAUUCUCCCUCUUUCCUUCACCCCGCCCCAUUGUCCGUCUUUCCAUCACCCCGCCCCAUUCUCCCUCUUUCCAUCACCCCGCCCCAUUCUCCCUCUUUCCAUCAUCCCGCCCCAUUCUCCCUCUUUCCAUCACCCCGCCCCAUUGUCCCUCUUUCCAUCACCCCGCCCCAUUCUCCCUCUUUCCAGCACCCCGCCCCAUUCUCCCGCUUUCCAUCACCCCGCCCCAUUCUCCCGCUUUCCAUCACCCAGCCCCAUUCUCCCUCUUUCCAUCACCCCGCCCCAUUCUCCCGCUUUCCAUCACCCGCCCCAUUCUCCCGCUUUCCAUCACCCCGCCCCAUUCUCCCGCUUUCCAUCACCCCGCCCCAUUCUCCCUCUUUCCAUCACCCCGCCCCAUUCUCUCUCUUUCCAUCACCCCGCCCCAUUCUCCCGCUUCCCAUCACCCCGCCCCAUUCUCACCCUUUCCAUCACCCCGCCCCAUUCUCCCUUUUUCCAUCACCCCGCCCCAUUCUCCCGCUUUCCAUCACCCCGCCCCAUUCUCCCGCUUUCCAUCACCCCGCCCCGUUCUCCCGCUUUCCAUCACCCCGCCCCAUUCUCUCGCUUUCCAUCACCCCGCCCCGUUCUCCCGCUUUCCAUCACUCCGCCCCAUUCUCCCUCUUUCCAUCACCCCGCCCCAUUCUCCCGCUUUCCAUCACCCCGCCCCAUUCUCCCGCUUUCCAUCACCCCGCCCCAUUCUCCCGCUUUCCAUCACCCCGCCCCAUUCUCCCGCUUUCCAUCACCCCGCCCCAUUCUCCCGCUUUCCAUCACCCAGCCCCAUUCUCCCUCUUUCCAUCACCCCGCCCCAUUCUCCCGCUUUCCAUCACCCGCCCCAUUCUCCCGCUUUCCAUCACCCCGCCCCAUUGUCCCGCUUUCCAUCACCCCGCCCCAUUCUCCCUCUUUCCAUCACCCCGCCCCAUUCUCUCUCUUUCCAUCACCCCGCCCCAUUCUCCCUCUUUUCAUCACCCCGCCCCAUUUUCCCGCUUCCCAUCACCCCGCCCCAUUCUCCCUCUUUCCAUCACCCCGCCCCAUUCUCCCGCUUUCCAUCACCCCGCCCCAUUCUCCCGCUUUCCAUCACCCCACCCCAUUCUACCUCUUUCCAUCACCCCGCCCCAUUCUCCCGCUUUCCAUCACCCCGCCCCAUUCUCCCGCUUUCCAUCACCCCGCCCCAUUCUCUCGCUUUCCAUCACCCGCCCCAUUCUCCCGCUUUCCAUCACCCCACCCCAUUCUCCCUCUUUCCAUCACCCCGCCCCAUUCUCCCUCUUUCCAUCACCCCGCCCCAUUCUCCCGUUUUCCAUCACCCCUCCCCAUUCUAUCUUUUUCCAUCACCCCGCCCCAUUCUCCCUCUUUCCAUCACCACGCCCCAUUCUCCCUCUUUCCAUCACCCCGCCUCAUUCUCCCUCUUUCCAUCACCCCGCCCCAUUCUCCCGCUUUCCAUCACCCCGCCCCAUUCUCCCGCUUUCCAUCACCCCGCCCCAUUCUCCCGCUUUCCAUCACCCCGCCCCAUUCUCCCGCUUUCCAUCACCCCGCCCCAUUCUCCCGCUUUCCAUCAUCCUGUCCCAUUCUCCCGCUUUCCAUCACCCCGCCCCAUUCUCCCGCUUUCCAUCACCCCGCCCAUUCUCCCGCUUUCCAUCACCCCGCCCCAUUCUCCCGCUUUCCAGCACCCCGCCCCAUUCUCCCGCUUUCCAUCACCCCGCCCCAUUCUCCCGCUUUCCAUCACCCCGCCCCAUUCUCCCGCUUUCCAUCACCCCGCCCCAUUCUCCCUCUUUCCAUCACCCCGCCCCAUUCUCCCUCUUUCCAUCACCCCGCCCCAUUCUCCCUCUUUCCAUCACCCCGCCCCAUUCUCCCUCUUUCCAUCACCCCGCCCCAUUCUCUCGCUUUCCAUCACCCCGCCCCAUUCUCCCGCUUUCCAUCACCCCGCCCCAUUCUCCCGCUUUCCAUCACCCCGCCCCAUUCUCCCGUUUUCCAUCACCCCGCCCGAUUCUCCCGCUUUCCAUCACCCCGCCCCAUUCUCCCUCUUUCCGUCACCCCGCCCCAUUCUCCCGCUUUCCAUCACCCGCCCCAUUCUCCCGCUUUCCAUCACCCCGCCCCAUUCACCCGCUUUCCAUCACCACGCCCCAUUCUCCCUCUUUCCAUCACCCCGCCCCAUUCUAUCUCUUUCCAUCACCCCGCCCCAUUCUCCCUCUUUCCAUCACCCCGCCCCAUUCUCCCGCUUUCCAUCACCCCGCCCCAUUCUCCCUCUUUCCAUCACCCCGCCCCAUUUUUCCUCUUUCCAUAACCCCGCCCCAUUCUCCCGCUUUCCAUCACCCUGGUCCAUUCUCCCGCUUUCCAUCACCCCGCCCUAUUCUCCCUCUUUCCUUCACCCCGCCCCAUUGUCCGUCUUUCCAUCACCCCGCCCCAUUCUCCCUCUUUCCAUCACCCCGCCCCAUUCUCCCUCUUUCCAUCAUCCCGCCCCAUUCUCCCUCUUUCCAUCACCCCGCCCCAUUGUCCCUCUUUCCAUCACCCCGCCCCAUUCUCCCUCUUUCCAGCACCCCGCCCCAUUCUCCCGCUUUCCAUCACCCCGCCCCAUUCUCCCGCUUUCCAUCACCCAGCCCCAUUCUCCCUCUUUCCAUCACCCCGCCCCAUUCUCCCGCUUUCCAUCACCCGCCCCAUUCUCCCGCUUUCCAUCACCCCGCCCCAUUCUCCCGCUUUCCAUCACCCCGCCCCAUUCUCCCUCUUUCCAUCACCCCGCCCCAUUCUCUCUCUUUCCAUCACCCCGCCCCAUUCUCCCGCUUCCCAUCACCCCGCCCCAUUCUCACCCUUUCCAUCACCCCGCCCCAUUCUCCCUUUUUCCAUCACCCCGCCCCAUUCUCCCGCUUUCCAUCACCCCGCCCCAUUCUCCCGCUUUCCAUCACCCCGCCCCGUUCUCCCGCUUUCCAUCACCCCGCCCCAUUCUCUCGCUUUCCAUCACCCCGCCCCGUUCUCCCGCUUUCCAUCACUCCGCCCCAUUCUCCCUCUUUCCAUCACCCCGCCCCAUUCUCCCGCUUUCCAUCACCCCGCCCCAUUCUCCCGCUUUCCAUCACCCCGCCCCAUUCUCCCGCUUUCCAUCACCCCGCCCCAUUCUCCCGCUUUCCAUCACCCCGCCCCAUUCUCCCGCUUUCCAUCACCCAGCCCCAUUCUCCCUCUUUCCAUCACCCCGCCCCAUUCUCCCGCUUUCCAUCACCCGCCCCAUUCUCCCGCUUUCCAUCACCCCGCCCCAUUGUCCCGCUUUCCAUCACCCCGCCCCAUUCUCCCUCUUUCCAUCACCCCGCCCCAUUCUCUCUCUUUCCAUCACCCCGCCCCAUUCUCCCUCUUUUCAUCACCCCCGCCCCAUUUUCCCGCUUCCCAUCACCCCGCCCCAUUCUCCCUCUUUCCAUCACCCCGCCCCAUUCUCCCGCUUUCCAUCACCCCGCCCCAUUCUCCCGCUUUCCAUCACCCCGCCCUAUUCUCCCGCUUUCCAUCACCCCGCCCCAUUCUCCCGCUUUCCAUCACCCCGCCCCAUUCUCUCGCUUUCCAUCACCCCGCCCCAUUCUCCCGCUUUCCAUCACCCCGCCCCAUUCUCCUGCUUUCCAUCACCCCGCCCCAUUCUCCCUCUUUCCAUCACCCCGCCCCAUUCUCCCGCUUUCCAUCACCCCGCCCCAUUCUCCCUCUUUCCAUCACCCCGCCCCAUUCUCCCGCUUUCCAUCACCCCGCCCCAUUCUCCCUCUUUCCAUCACCCCGCCCCAUUCUCCCGCUUUCCAUCACCCCGCCCCAUUCUCCCUCUUUCCAUCACCCCGCCCCAUUUUUCCUCUUUCCAUAACCCCGCCCCAUUCUCCCGCUUUCCAUCACCCUGGUCCAUUCUCCCGCUUUCCAUCACCCCGCCCUAUUCUCCCUCUUUCCUUCACCCCGCCCCAUUGUCCCUCUUUCCAUCACCCCGCCCCAUUCUCCCUCUUUCCAUCACCCCGCCCCAUUCUCCCUCUUUCCAUCAUCCCGCCCCAUUCUCCCUCUUUCCAUCACCCCGCCCCAUUCUCACCCUUUCCAUCACCCCGCCCCAUUCUCCCUCUUUCCAGCACCCCGCCCCAUUCUCCCGCUUUCCAUCACCCCGCCCCAUUCUCUCGCUUUCCAUCACCCCGCACCAUUCUCCCGCUUUCCAUCACCCGCCCCAUUCUCCCGCUUUCCAUCACCCCGCCCCACUCUCCCGCUUUCCAUCACCCCGCCCCACUCUCCCGCUUUCCAUCACCCGCCCCAUUCUCCCGCUUUCCAUCACCCCGCCCCAUUCUCCCUCUUUCCAUCACCCCGCCCCAUUCUCCUGCUUUCCAUCACCCGCCCCAUUCUCCCGCUUUCCAUCACCCCGCCCCAUUCUCCCUCUUUCCAUCACCCCGCCACAUUCUUCCGCUUUCCAUCAUCCCGCCCCAUUCUCCCUCUUUCCAUCACCCCGCCCCAUUCUCCCGCUUUCCAUCACCCCGCCCCGUUCUCCCUCUUUCCAUAACCCCGCGCCAUUCUCCCGCUUUCCAUCACCCCGCCCCGUUCUCCAGCUUUCAAUCACCCCGCCCCCUUCUCCCGCUUUCCAUCACCCCACCCCGUUCUCCCGCUUUCCAUCACCCCGCCCCGUUCUCCCGCUUUCCAUCACCCCGCCCCAUUCUCCCGCUUUCCAUCACCCCGCCCCAUUCUCCCGCUUUCCAUCACCCCGCCCCAUUCUCCUGCUUCCCAUCACCCCGCCCCAUUCUCCCUCUUACCAUCACCCCGCCCCAUUCUCCCUCUUUCCAUCACCCCGCCCCAUUCUCCCGCUUUCCAUCACCCCUCCCCAUUCUCCCGCUUUCCAUCACCCCGCCCCAUUCUCCCGCUUUCCAUCACCCCGCCCCAUUCUCCCGCUUUCCAUCACCCCGCCCCAUUCUCCCGCUUUCCAUCACCCCGCCCCAUUCUCCCUCUUUCCAUCACCCCGCCCCGUUCUCCCGCUUUCCAUCACCAAGCCCCGUUCUCCCUCUUUCCAUCACCUCGCGCCAUUCUCCCGCUUUCCAUCACCCCGCCCCGUUCUCCCGCUUUCCAUCACCUCGCCCCAUUCUCCUGCUUUCCAUCACCCCGCCCGAUUCUGCCGCUUUCCAUCACCCCGCCCCAUUCUCCCGCUUUCCAUCACCCCACCCCAUUCUCCCGCUUUCCAUCACCCCGCCCCAUUCUCCCGCUUUCCAUCACCCCGCCCGAUUCUCCCGCUUUCCAUCACCCCGCCCCAUUCUCCCGCUUUCCAUCACCCCGCCCCAUUCUCCCGCUUUCCAUCACCCCGCCCGAUUCUCCCGCUUUCCAUCACCCCGCCCCAUUCUCCCGCUUUCCAUCACCCCGCCCCAUUCUCCCUCUUUCCAUCACCCCGCCCCAUUCUCCCUCUUUCCAUCACCUUGCCCCAUUCUCCCUCUUUCCAUCACCCCGCCCCAUUCUCCCUCUUUCCAUAACCCCGCCCCAUUCUCCCGCUUUCCAUCACCCUGCCCCAUUCUCCCGCUUUCCAUCACCCCGUCCUAUUCUCCCUCUUUCCUUCACCCCGCCCCAUUCUCCCGCUUUCCAUCACCCCGCCCCAUUCUCUCGCUUUCCAUCACCCCGCCCGAUUCUCCCGCUUUCCAUCACCCCGCCCCAUUCUCCCGCUUUCCAUCACCCCGCCCCAUUCUCCCUCUUUCCAUCACCCCGCCCCAUUCUCCCUCUUUCCAUCACCUUGCCCCAUUCUCCCUCUUUCCUUCACCCCGCCCCAUUCUCCCUCUUUCCAUAACCCCGCCCCAUUCUCCCGCUUUCCAUCACCCUGCCCCAUUCUCCCGCUUUCCAUCACCCCGCCCUAUUCUCCCUCUUUCCUUCACCCCGCCCCAUUGUCCCUCUUUUCAUCACCCCGCCCCAUUCGCCCCAGAACGGGGCGGGGUGAUGGAAAGAGGGAGAAUGGGGAGGGGUGAUGGAAAGAGGGAGAAUGGGGCGGGGUGGAGGAGCGGCUGUUAA